CAUAUCGCGUCCUUGAUGCAUCCUCAUUUGGACAGAUGUACAGUACAGGUGAGCUCAAACAACAUCAGAGCCUGCAGGAACAGGCAGAUGCCGGACCCCCAGCAGCCCAGCGGGAGGCGCUCCGUGGUCCCGCGGCCGCGCGGGAAACUCUCGGCGCUGACGGCAGUGGCGCUGUGCUGCGCCCUGCUGCUCUGGGCGGCGGUGUGGAGGGGCUCCCUGCUGCUGCUGAGGUACACGGCCGUGGGCUGCCUGGCCCUGUCCACAGGCAGCAUCCUGAGAGGAGCGUGCCUGCUCGUGGAGGAGCUCGUCAAUCACUCCUUCUCCAGGUACCGAGGCAACCUGAUGAAGAUGCUGAAAGCCUGCUUUCACCGGGGUCAUUUUCUCUGCCUGGCUGUGGUGUGUGUCUUUAACCAGCUGGAGCCUGAGGACUGGCUCUCCGUGUGUAUGGCCUGUAUCUGCUCCCUCCUCUUCAGUGCCAUGGGGUUAUGUGACCCUGCCGCAGUGGAGGUGUCUGAAAUUGUUGAGCAGAGGAAGAUGAACGUGGGGCACGGGCUGGCCUGGUCCUUCUACACCGGGUACCUGAGACUCAUCCUUCCCACAGGGCUGGAGGCCUCGAUCGAGGAGUACCACGCCAGCCGGAGCGCCGCCGUGCUGCAGCACCGGGACACCUGGAAGCUGCACAUCCUCAUCCCCCUGAGCUGCUGCAUCCCGGACAAGCUGGAGGAGGCCGACGACAACAUCAGCUUCCUGGACAACCUGCCCGACAUCACCAUCGACAGGGCCGGCAUCCGGAAGAGGGUGUUCAAGCACAGCAUCUACACCGUCUACGACCAGGCCAAGAGGCCUCACUACUGUGUGGUGGAGUACGCCACUCCCCUCGUGACCCUGUACCAGAUGUCUCAGGAGGCCAUGGCAGGCUUCGACGCCGAGGAGCGCCUGCAGCAGAGCACCCUGUUCUUCAGGACUCUGCGGGACAUCCUGGAGAGCUCACGCGAGUGCCGCGGGCGCUACAGGCUCAUCCUGCUGGACGACCCACAAAGGCCACCCCCUGUCCUUGAUCCCAUCCCCAGACCCACACAGACCACGCCCUAUCCCUGA